UGGUUACGGCUGGGCCGGGCACCAAAAAAACUAUUAUGAGUCUGACACACUCCUGCAUUCGUUUCAAGUUCUGGCAAAGCUUCUGGAGUCUCCAGCUGCUCAAGAUAUUAUCUGCGAUGUGGGAAUGCCUGUUCUGCACAGAAAUGUUCGCUACAAUUGUCGAGUGAUCUUUUUAAAUAAGAAAAUUCUUCUGAUCAGACCAAAAAUAUCAUUGGCAAAUGCAGGAAACUACAGAGAACUUAGAUGGUUUACCCCGUGGAACAAACCAAGGCAUGUGGAGGAGUAUUUUCUACCCAGGAUAAUUCAGGAAGUGACUGGACAGGAAACUGUUCCUUUUGGGGAUGCAGUGCUAGCAACCAAAGAUACCUGCCUAGGGGCAGAAAUCUGCGAAGAACUCUGGGCACCAAACAGCCCUCAUAUUGAAAUGGGACUUGAUGGUGUGGAAAUUUUCACUAACUCUUCAGGGAGUCACCAUGUGCUGCGGAAGGCUCACACCCGCGUGGAUUUGGUGAAUUCUGCCACGGCAAAGAAUGGUGGAAUAUAUAUUUUAGCUAACCAGAAGGGCUGUGACGGUGAUCGUCUAUAUUAUGAUGGCUGUGCCAUGAUUUCGAUGAAUGGAGAAACAGUUGCACAAGGAUCCCAGUUUUCACUCGAUGAUGUGGAGGUGCUGGUUGCCACUCUGGACUUGGAAGAUGUUCGAAGUUACAGAGCAGAGAUUUCAUCUCGUAACUUAGCGGCAAGUAAAGUGAAUCCUUAUCCCAGGGUAAAAGUGAAUUUUGCUCUGUCAUGUUCUGACGAUGUAGCCGUACCUACAUGUAUGCCAAUCCAGUGGAGACAUCAUAGUCCUGAAGAGGAGAUCAGCCUUGGUCCUGCAUGUUGGCUUUGGGACUAUUUAAGGCGCAGCAAACAGGCAGGAUUUCUCCUACCUCUCAGUGGUGGAAUUGACAGCUCUGCCACAGCUUGCAUAGUAUACUCUAUGUGUCACCAGGUUUGCCUGGCAGUCAAGAAUGGAAAUGCAGAUGUGCUGGCUGAUGUGCGCAAGAUUGUGAAUGAUGAGACCUAUUGCCCUGAGGAUCCUCGAGAAUUUUGCAAGCGUAUCUUUACCACUUGCUACAUGGCUAGUGAGAACUCCUCCCAGGAUACUUGCAACAGGGCUAAACUUCUGGCUGAGCAAAUAGGCAGCUACCACAUCAAUCUGAACAUAGAUGCGGCUGUGAAAGCUAUAGUGGGAAUUUUCAGCAUGGUGACAGGUCGAACUCCCCAUUUUUCUGUCUACGGAGGGAGCAACAGAGAAAACCUGGCACUCCAGAAUGUGCAGGCUAGGUUAAGAAUGGUCCUUGCCUAUCUGUUUGCUCAGCUGACACUUUGGACUCGGGGGAAGCCAGGGGGGCUUCUGGUGCUAGGAUCAGCCAAUGUGGAUGAAAGUCUCCGAGGUUACCUGACGAAGUACGAUUGCUCAAGUGCUGAUAUCAAUCCCAUUGGUGGAAUCAGCAAGACCGAUUUGAAGAACUUCAUACAAUAUUGCAUUGAAAAUUUUCAGCUCACGGCCCUCAGAAGUAUCAUGUCAGCUCCACCCACUGCGGAGUUAGAGCCUCUGGUGGACGGACAAGUGGCUCAAACUGACGAGGCAGAUAUGGGGAUGACAUAUGCAGAGCUCUCAAUCUAUGGCAAAUUAAGAAAAAUUGCAAAGGCUGGACCAUACAGUAUGUUCUGUAAGCUGAUUAAUAUGUGGAAGGAAAUCUGUACUCCAAGAGAGGUGGCAUCAAAGGUUAAGCAUUUCUUCAGGAUGUAUUCCAUUAACAGACAUAAAAUGACCACCCUUACUCCUUCCUACCACGCUGAAAACUACAGUCCAGAUGACAACCGGUUUGACCUGAGGCCCUUCCUUUAUAACACCUCAUGGUCCUGGCAAUUUAGGUGUAUAGAUAAACAGGUAUCCGAGCUAGAAAAAAAGGAAGGAGUUUCUCUAGUGGAAGAUGUGGACUGAUUUGCUGUCUUGUUUAACUGUGGUAAU